AUAAUAGAAUCUAAUAAUAAUAAUAAUCAACUGCCAAUCGUUAGUAAUGGAAUUUCAAGAAAAAGAAAACAUCCAUUAUUAAGCAAUAUAAAUGAAAUGAUUACCUGUGCUAUUUGUAGUGGUUAUUUUAUUGAUGCAACAACCAUUGUUGAAUGUUUGGAUACAUUUUGUAAAUCUUGUAUUGUUAAUUAUUUGGAAACAUCAAAAUCAUGUCCAAUAUGUGAUGUACCGUUGAGUAAAAUAAAACCACAUCAAUCAUUAAGACAGGAUAAAUUAAAACAAAGGCUUGUAUAUAAAUUAGUACCACAAAUAUUUAUUGAUGAAAUGUAUCGUCGAAGACAAUUCUAUAAUAACAAUGAUAAUAAUAAUUUACAACAACAAGAAGAUCAACAGCCAUUUAGUAAAGAAGAUGCUGGUCAAAUUCCAUUACAUUCAUGUUAUUUUCGUCCAAAUGAUAAGAUCUCAAUGUCUAUUGAAUAUUUAGAUGAACCAGUGAAUUCGACGGCAAAAAUUUCCAUUAUAAAUCAUCAUCAUCAUCAUCAUUCUAGUGGUACUGUAACGAAAAAGACACGUUCAUCAAAAUCAAACAAUCAACAAAAUGAUCAAAAUUCAUUGCAAACAACAGUGGCAGCCAAUAAAAAGAAUAAUGAUUGUAAUGAAAAUAUCGACGACAUACUGUAUAUACGUCCAGAGGAUAAACCUGUUCGCCGUUAUCUACUUUGUCCAGCUGCAUUGACAAUAUUGCAAUUGAAAAAAUUGAUUGCCAACAAAUAUUCAUCAUUUGAUUGGUUUCAUGAAUUUAAAGUGGAAAUUUAUUAUUCCGGUCAAUUAUUGAAAGAUGAUUAUACAUUGAUGGAGAUUGCCUAUAUCUAUACAUGGGGAGCGAAUGAUCCAAUGAGAUUUUCCUAUUGUUUUGUACGUAAACGAAUCAAUACACAAUUGAAAGCAAUUGAAAAUUCAAUUUGUGAAGAACCAUCAUCAUCAUCGUCGUCGUCGAAAAAUCAAAGGCAAACAGCUUCUUCAUCAUCAUCAUCAACAACAAAUCAUCAAAUGACCACCACCACGUCUUCAACACGAUCACAAUCAACAAAUUCUACUACUAAUACAUCAAUUCGUGGUAAUUUAACCACCAUAACAUCAUCAAUAGAUAAUUUAUCAACGAAUAAUAAUCGUUGUGAUGCAAAUGUUGGUACUACUACCACCAGUAGUAGUAGUAGUAGUAGCUGUAAUACAAAACGUAUUGCUAUCACGAAUCCAAUUCAAAAACAAAUAUCAACAUCAACAUCGACAUCGGCAACAAAUCAUCAGAUGACAAAAUCAAAUCAUCAUAAUUCACGUAUAAUAAUACAACGUGAAUAUGAUAAUUAUCAUCCAGGAGAAAUGGCUAAAAAACGGCCAAAAUUAAUGAAUGAUAAUGCAGAAUUUACUCAUACCGGAACGCAAACAUUAUCGACAACAAAUAAUAAUAAUAAUAAUCAUCAGCAUCAUAUUAUGCCAACAACUACAACAACAACGGUUCGAAUUACAAAUACAACAGCCACUACUAGUACUGGUUAUAAUGUUCGUUCAACAAUGGCAAAAACAUCUGUAUCGUCAUCGAUAACUUUUAGUCGAAAUAAGAAUGGUGAUUUGUUUGCAAAAUCAACUACAACACCAUCAUCAUCAUCAUCAUCAUCAUCAUCGACAACAUUGAAACGAUCAAUUGAUGGUGAUGAAAAAUCAGCAAAAAUUUCAAAUGAUAAUCAAUCAAAACAAAAACAAACAAAUUCCAUAUCUAACGGCAAUAAUAAUAAUACACCAAAUUCAAAUGGUGGCAAAGAUAAUUCAAACAAACCAAUAACACAUGCAUUAUCACCGCCAGCCAUACGUAUAAAAUUGACGACAUCACAAAAUUCAUCACCACAGCUUAUUGGUCAGAUAAUAUCACCUAUACCUCCGGAGGUUCAAUCGGAACUUUCGAAAUCAAAUUCAUCAAUUCAAGAUUCGAGUAGUAGUGGUGGUAGUGGUAGCAGUAGUACGAAACAUAUAAAAAGUUCAUCACCAUUACAUCAACAAGAAUCAACAACAGGGAAAAAAGAAACAACGACGAUGAAUAUCGGCCAUCAAUCUAUUAAUCAAUCAAAAUCGAUGACUGAUUCGGUAACAAAUACAAAUUCAAAUUCGAAUAAACAACGUGGUAAAGUUAUCAAUGAUAUAAUCAAUAAAAUGUCAUCGAAAUCAAAUUUUAUGUCUUCAUGUUUAAAAUCAUCAUCAUUCGGUGGUACAUCAUCCAAUAAUGGUGGCGGUGGUGUUGGUAAUGGUGGUCAACAAUCACAAAAUACUAUUGUUUCCGGUUCAUCAUCAUCAUCUUCACUUGAAGAAUUGAUUAAUGCAAAAAAUAGCAGCAAUAUUCACAAUGAUCAACAACAACAACAACAACAACAAGAGCAUCAGCAGGAAAACGUAAUGGAAAAUAAACAACAACAACAACAACAACAACAAGAACAGCAAACAAAAUCAAGUGGUAAUCUUGUAUUGAGAAUUUCGACAAAAUCACUUGAAACAAAAGCAAUUAUUGUGCCAACAAGUAGUCAAGAUAAUAAUAAUGUAAAAAGUCAAGAUGAAAAUGGUACAUCGAAAUCACCAUCAUCAUCAACAAUAACAAAAGUUCCUGAAUUGGCACGUUCAUCACCAUCGAAUAAUCGUAUUCAUAAAUCAAACGAUUCACCAUUAUCAUCAUCAUGUUCACCACCACAAUUAAUGGUUGAUGAAGAAGAUGAUAAUUCUAUUGAACCGAAAUUAAUUGUCGAUAUGGAUCGUUCAAUGGAUGAUUCAGAUGAUGAUGAUGGUGAAGAAAAUUCAUUAGUUAUGGACAUUAAUGAUGAUAAACAAAAAGAUGAUGAAUCUUCCAUGAUCAAAAAGAAGAAUUUGCCAUCAGAAUCCUCACAAUCACCACAAAGAUUAAUAUCUAAAUCUGAUGAUUGUUCAUCAUUUGGUAAUAAACAGCAACAAUCGUCGCCUAAAUCCAUGCCAAUGAAAUCAUCACCAUUAUCAGUAUCGGCCAUAUUGACACCAACAUCAUCAACUAUUACAACAACAACACGACGACUUUCAAUAUCCGAUAAUAAUAACAAUAAUGCUGAUAAAAAUUCAAUGAAUAAAUUGUCAAUUUCAAUAACAAAUUCUACAUUUAAUAAUCCAAAUGAUAAUAGUCCAUCAUCAUCAUCAUCGACAAUGACAAAAACAAAAGGAUUUUUAGCACCAUUAGAUUUAUCAUCACCAAAACAGCAGCAGCAGCAACAACAACAACAACAACAACAACAAUUUUUCCAUCAAAAAACUAUUUCAUCAUCAUCAUCAUCAUCAUCACCGCCAUCACCGAGAUUAUUAUCAGCUAAUAAUCGCAAUUCAUUAACUGGUAUUAAUUCAGGUUCCAUUUCAUCAUCCGUAUCGUCAAAAAUAUCAACAAAAUCAUCAUCAGAUACGUCAUCGAAUAAAUCGAACGAAUUAUUAUCAACAAUCAAUCUAUUACCAAUGGCAAUGAGACCUAAAUCAUUGGCAUCGAAAAUUGUACCACCAUUGAAACCAUAUAUAACCAGCAGUAGUAGUAGUAAACAGCAGUCAACAUCUGGUUCAUCUAAGUCUACCCGGUCAUCAUCAUCAUCAUCGAAAACAUCAAGUGGAUCUUUGUCAUUGUCUUCUGCCGCUGUAAGGGUGAAUAACAAUAACAACAACAACAACAAUAAUGGUUCAAUAUUUGGAACGCAACAAUCAUCACCAUCGACAUUGAUUCCAUCAUAUCCACCACCACCAACAUUUGGAAAUCAUCAUCAUGGAUGGAAUCCAACAACAACGCCAGGAGCAUUUAAUGCAGCAUUUGGUGCAUUUUGGAAUAGUCGUAAUUUUGCUUUGGCUGCUAUGAUGAUGAAUCAACAACAACAACAACAACAACAGCAGCCACAAACACAAAAAUCUUCACCAACGAAAACAUCAUCAUCAGGUCGAACUACAUUAAAUAAUCGUUUUGGAUCAUCAUCUAUGCAGCCAUCAUCAUCAUCAUCAUCAUCAUCAGUGGGUACAAUAUUAACUAAUGGUAGUGGAACAAAUAUUCCAAAUAAUAGUAGUGCAAAUAAUCUGAAAAAACUAAUGGAUCGACAACGUGAACGUGAGCAACAAAAUUUGAAUUUUAAUAAAUUUAAUGCAUCAAAUUUAAUGAUGAUGAAAAUGUCAUCAUCAUCAUCAUCAUCAUCAACGAAUUCGAAUUCGUUGGCAAAUCGUAAUGGUAGCAGUAGCAAUUUAUUUGUUGGCCAUCCAUCGUCAUCAUCAUCAUCAUCGCCAUCAACGUUGAAAUCAUCAUCAUCAUCAUCCGCAUCUGCACCACGGCAGACAAUUUCUUCUCAAUCAUCACAAUCAUCAUCAUCAUCAUCAUCGACAUCAUAUCAACCAGUUUUUCCUUCACUAAAAUAAUUCACUGAUCUCAUCUCGCAACAACAACAACAACAACAAUAAAAACUAAAACAAUGGAAUAAUAUAGUCAUCAUAAUUAUUAUUCAUCAUCAUCAUCAUCCAUAAUUGUUUAACACUCGUUAUUGUAAUAUUAUUAUUAGCCAGAUCGUAAAAUUGCAAUUGAAAAAAUUUGUUGAUUGAUGAAAAUUACUAUUAUCUUUGAUUCAUAAUACCAAUUACAUUCAUCCAUGUGUAUUUAUUAUUAUUA